AUGUCUGCCCAUGGCACGGACUCCCAUGACUUGAAGGCAGCUAUGGAUUCACCCAACGGCUUCGACGCCUUGAAAAAUGGCCGGUCCGCGCGCACGUCCCGGUCGCCUUUACCGCGCCAGACCUCGACUCCGACAACUCACUCUGUGAAGGACGACCCCGAUAGGCCUUCCGAAUCUGAUCCCAUGGAGGAAAAAGUCGGUGGCGACAUCGUCGUCAAGCAGGAGCCCGGUCAGCCCCCGAAGCUGUCUCGGAGUUCGUCACAGAAGAUUGUGUCAAGGCCACCGCAGCUGUUCUCGCAUUUGCCUGACAGCACCGACGAUGCGAAGGCGACAUUUACGCAGAUUGAGGAGUGCUGGUAUGCGAACAAAUAUAUGGGCAUCACCGAACAUGCUAUGGAGUGCGAAUGUGCAGAGGAGUGGGAUCCCGAAUCUGGUCGAAACCUGGCAUGCGGUGAUGAUUCCGAUUGCAUUAACCGAUGGACGAAGAUGGAGUGCCUGGGCGACUGUGGUUGUGGCGCCGACUGUCAGAACCAGCGGUUUCAGAAGAAACAGUAUGCGCCGGUAUCGGUCAUUAAAACAGAAAAAAAGGGAUUUGGACUACGAGCCGAAGUGAAUCUGGAGCCGAACCAGUUGAUCUACGAAUAUGUGGGCGAGGUGGUAGGUGAGGCCCAAUUUCGGAAACGGAUGCGGGAUUACGAUGAGCAGGGCAUCAAGCACUUCUAUUUCAUGUCGCUGAACAAGGGCGAGUUCGUGGAUGCGACCAAACGGGGAAACCUGGGCCGAUUCUGCAAUCACUCGUGCAAUCCCAAUUGCUACGUCGAUAAAUGGGUGGUCGGAGAGAAAUUGCGCAUGGGCAUUUUCGCGGAGCGCGCGGUACAGGCGGGUGAGGAGCUGGUCUUCAACUACAAUGUGGACCGAUAUGGGGCCGAUCCGCAGCCCUGCUAUUGUGGCGAGGCGAACUGCACAGGGUUCAUCGGUGGUCGGACCCAGACGGAGCGCGCGACUAAGUUAUCGAAUGCCACGAUUGAGGCCCUCGGUAUCGACGAUUCGGACGGCUGGGAUACUGUGGUAGCCCGGCGUCCGAAGAAGAAGAAGACCGAGGAGGACGACGAGGAAUAUGUGGACAGUGUGCAACCGAAGUCUCUGGAUGAGGAAGGUGUGACUAAGGUCAUGGCGGCAUUGAUGCAAUGCCAGGAGAAGUGGAUUGCCGUCAAGCUGCUCGGUCGUAUACAGCGCUGUGAGGAUGAACGGGUGCGGAACCGGGUCGUGAAAAUGCACGGUUACCAAAUCCUCAAGUCACAGCUUUCCAUGUGGAAAGAAGAUCACAACGUGACGCGGCAGAUCUUGGAGAUCCUGGAUACGUUCCCCCGGCUUACCCGGAAUAAGAUCAUCGACUCCAAGAUCGAGGACACCAUUCGAUCGCUUACAGAUUGCGCAGACGAGCAAGUGGCCCAGAAGGCGACGGCGUUGUUGGCGAGCUGGGCCAACCUGACGGUUGGGUAUCGCAUUCCGCGUAUGAAACGGGGCGAGCAAGCCAAGCAAGCUGUGAACCAAUUCGAGCGCCGCGAGUCUGGUCGAGAGCAGCAGCGCCCACGAUCUGCGAGCCGUUCUCCAUCGCCCGAGGCACACAAACCAAAUCAACCGAAGAAUCGACGGGAGUCUCAUAAUCGGCAGCCUCGACCCAAUCGACGCAAUCGUCAGCAGCAACAGCAGCCUUUGCCCGAUGGAUGGUAUACUGCCAAGGACGACCAAGGCCGCGUGUAUUACUACUCUGCCUCCCAAGAAGUGACAUGGGAUCGACCGACUGCCCCUGCAUCUGGUCCCUCGGUGAACAAGACCAAUUCAAUCUUGCAGAAUAUCAUCGACGGGAUUAUGAACACUCAGGAGACAACCCCUUCCGAACAGAAGAGUGUUACCCCGGGCACACCUCAGCCUUCAUCCGACCGACCAGAGAAGAAAAAGCGGGAAGAGGGCUGGUGGAAGAAGAUGGAUAUUCACAAACAGAAGAAGCUUUAUGAGAACACGGUAUGUCUAUCAGAUGGUCUAAAUACACGCAUGCUAACGGGAUUACAGCUCCACCCCUAUAUCAAAGCCGUGGUCGAUCAAUACAAGCAUAAGAUUCCGAAAGAGCACCUGAAGCGGUUCGCCAAAGAGACAGCCAAAAAGCUCGUCGACAGCGACUAUAAGCGGAACAAGGUCUCGGAUCCGACCAAGAUCAGCGAAAAGCACCAACAGACUGUUACAUCGUUCUGCACCUCCUUCUUCGACAAAGCGGCGCAAAAGCACAAGGAGCGCGAGAAGCGCAAGUCCAGAGUCGCCCCAACCAAUGGUACGCCCGCAGAUGAAGAUGCAAAGAUGUCCGAUGACGAGCCGGAGCCUUCUGCUGGCACGGGCACGGCUACAUCGCCAAUGGACGACGAUGCAUCUUUAUCUCUGAAACGCAAGCGUCAUGAUCGUAUAGAUCAAGAUCCAAACCAUCUCACCCCGGGCCAGGAUGGAAGUACAUCCCCGGCCAAGCGACAAAAGUCCACUCCUCCUCUUCCCCCGUCACCUCCCACCAGAGAUUCCGUUGACUCCAAGGAGAAUGAGAAUGACAAUGGUCCCACCCCACCACCCCCCACCCCCUCCACCCAAAGACUCCCCAGGAAAUGGACAUGGGUAUGA